AUGUGCCUCGGAGCCGCGGAGCUUCCGGGUCCUCGUUGCCAUCUUCGUGCUCACCUUCACUGGUAGAUCCACUCCCUCAGCUUCCUCUUUGCACGCCGGACAGCCGAAGGAGAACCCAAAAUGCCGCUCCGCCCGACCGCUUCCCACGCAGCAGCGCCGACCGGAUCCGCGUCGAAGCCUCCACUUCCCCAUUUCAUCGUGCUCUGCCUUGCCAUGGGCGUGGCGCUGCACGCGGAGCCACUCCUGGCCGCCGCUGCUGAGCUCCAUCUCCACCCGUCCGUCGUCGCCUGCCUCGUCCUCUCCGUCACCGCGCUCUUCCAUGGGGCAAUCCUCUCGCUCGAGUUCCUCGUCGCGCGCCGGCUCGCCGAAGGCGAAACCAAGAUGGUGUUUCGUACAACCGCUUCCGCCGCAACAGCGCCGACAUGCUCCGUACUCAAACCUCGACUUUCCCAUUUCGUCGUGCUCUGCCUCGCCAUGGGCGCGGCGCUGAACGCGGAACCGCUCAAGGCCGCCGCUGCCGAGCUCCACAUCCACCCCGGCGUCGUCGCCUUCGUUUUCUUCUCCGUCGCCGCGUUCUUCCACUGCGCAAUCCUCUCCCUCAACAUCCUCGUCGCGCGCCGGCCACCCGAACGUGAACCCAAGAUGCCGCUCCGCCCAGCCGCUCCCGCCGCGCUGGGUUCUUCCCACCUCGCUCGUUCCGCAUUCCUCAUCCUCGCCGCCCUAAUGUCCGCGUCGUGGUUCGUCGAGCCGCUCGCGGGCGCCGCCGCCGAGCUCCAGCUGCCCUCAGCUGCCGUCGUCGUCACCGUCGUGUUCUUCGCUGCUCUGUUCAACGUCUCGAUCCACAACUUCCGCUCUUUCUUCCAGCCCCGCACACUGCCCGCCGGCGCCGGCGCCGCGGCGCAGUUCGAAGGAUUCGGGGCGAUCACCGCCGCCGUCGUGGGGAUGGGCGUUGCAGCCUGCCUUGUUGCAGCCGGAGGAUCCGCUUACGUGUACGCGCCAGCCAUAUCUGUAUCCUGAGCAGCGUCUGUGUUAAUUAGAUUCGAAUUUGUGUUUUCAGUAUUGUUGUUACUUUUUCUCCAGUUUGUUUUGUGCUCGUCGUGUUAUACUAGUAUUACCGUUGAGUA